AUGAAUGUCUCUUCAUUGGCAUCACCUAUGAAACCUUCUUCUGGAAUCAAAAGCGUUACAGCUGUCAAAGCUAAACUGUCAAAGAAGAUGGUUUUUGAAAGAAAAUAUCUGUGUUCGGUUUGUGGCUUACUUGCUCGCACAUCAACAGCUCUGAAAAAACAUAAAUGCAGGUAUGUUGUUAAAGAGGUGCAGACGUGUCCAACUUGUAAACAGAAGUUUCAAACUAGAUCUCAGCUUCAUAGCCAUGAGCACAUUCAUACACAGUACAAGCCUUAUCUCUGCUCCCAGUGCCCAUACAGGUGCAGAACUCUUCAGUGUUUGAAACGACAUGCUUUAGUUCACACUGACAAAAAGACUCACUUAUGUAACAUAUGCGGGGAAUGUUUUAUUUUUGUGGCAACGUUGAAAAGACACAUGUAUAAACAUUCCACUGAGCGGCCAUAUUCCUGUGAGAUUUGCUCAUACAGAACAAGUGACCCAAAUGGGUUGAAACAACAUAUGACGAAACACAUUCCAAAUUUAUUUUCUUGUGAUGCUUGCGCAUUUGCAUGUAUAUGUGCUUCAGACAUGGACGAGCACAAGUUAUCACAUACACAGGAGACAGUUCUGUGCUGUCCCUCAUGCACCCUUAGUUUUGUAACUGUGAGAGAGCUACAGUCUCAUCAGCUUGAACAUACUGAACAGAAGCGGCCACAGUACGCUUGUCAAAACUGUUCUUUUACAAGUAUUGUUCAGAAAGAAUAUAUCACACACAUGCAAACUCAUUCUGUCGACAGACCAUUCUCUUGUAGCGAAUGCAGCUACAGCAGCAACCGCAGGAUGAACUUAAAAGCUCACAUGAUUAAAAAGCACCAACUGAACUUGACCGGGGUCAUAAAAUUGAAAUGCCAGAUUUGCCAGUUUGGAUGUGAACACGACCAGGAUUUUAUCAAACACAUGAAUGGUCACCAUAACAUUGACAAACCCUUUACUUGUCCGGUGUGUCCGUUUGCAGCACAUAGACAAAGUUUGCUAAAAGUUCAUCUUAAGACCCACCAACCACAUGCAUUUUUCUGCCAUAUUUGCAACUUCAAAAGUAAAAGAAAAACAUUACUAAAUAAACAUCUAGAAGUUAAACACUCAACUGGAAGUAAAGAUGAAGCAAGCAGAAUUGGAAAGGCGGCAUACUGUGUAGAAGAAAAAGUUUACUCCUGUAGACAUUGUGACUUUAAAAGUAAACAUUAUGCAUCUCUGAGGAAUCACAUGCCAGCUCAUUCAGGCACAAAACUUGCCUGCGAAGAAUGUGACUAUGUCACCAACGCCAAAAGGAAUUUGAUAUCCCAUAUGAGAUGUCACAUCAGAGACAAACCCUUAAAAUGUAUGUUCUGUAGUUAUUCCAGCGUACGUAAGAAUAACUUUAAACUACAUAUGGUGAAGCACAUAAAUGCAAGGUUAUAUUUUUGUGAUAAGUGUGAUUUUUUUGCUGAAGAGGAAUCCAUUCUAAAACAUCAUGAAAGACUAAAGCAUGCAGAUCUGAUGAGCAUUUGCGAUGCAUUUGGAAAUGUAGAGGUCUGCAGUAAGGCAAAAAUGGUUGAAACUGGUCAAAUUCAUGUCACACCUGAAGAGAAACUUGUACCAAGAUGCACACCAGACUUGAAUUGCCAGAAUGGUUUUGAGAAAUGUGAAGUUAAGAAUAAAAAGACAAAGAUGUCUCCUGAAUCCAGUAGGUGUUGUGACAAACAGAUUGAUCCUGUGAUGUUAGAUCAUAGCAAGAGACUGGGAGAAAGCAUUGCGCAUAUGGGAGAAAGCAGUGCACUUUUGAGAGAAAUGGGAGAAACAAGUGCACGUGUGACAGAAAUAGAGGGAAGCAUGCUCACUGGAGAAAGCAAUGUAUCAGCGGACGGAAAAAGUGGAUUCCUCAGAGAAAGUUUAUUACUGGGAGAAAGAAGUUCAAGAUUGUUAGAAAGCAGUGUGUCAUUAAAAGAGAAAUUUACAGUUCUGAGUGAACACAGUGCACCACUGGAAGAAAGCAGCGUACGGCUAAAGAAACACAACAUACCACUAAGAGAAGGUGAUCUACCGCUAGGAAGAACUAACAUACAAGUGAGAGAAAGCAACAUACCACUGGAAGAAAGGGAUGAACCGCUAGGAAAAACUAACAUACCAGUGAGAGAAAGCAACAUACCGCUGGAAGAAAGUGAUUUACCUCUGGGAGAUAGCAGCAUACGAUUAGGAGAAAAUAAUGUACCACAGGAAGAAAGUAUUGCACCACUGGGAGAAAGUAAUGUACCACAGGGAGAAGGUAGUGCACCACUGCAAGAAAGUAAUGUACCACAGGAAGAAAGUAGUGCACCACUGCGAGAAAUUAAUGUACCACAGGGCGAAGGUAGUGCACCACUGCGAGAAAGUAAUGUACCACAUGGAGAAAGUAGUGCACCACUGCAAGAAAGUAAUGUACCACAGGAAGAAAGUAGUGCACCACUGCGAGAAAGUAAUUUACUACAGGAAGAAAGUUGUGUUCCACAAGGAGAAAGCAAUAUAGGAAUGAGAAAAAUCAAUACAGUAGCCAAGUCAUUGAACUUUGCCAGCCAGAACACACACAACUCAGCUGACUCACCUCUAGAUGUUCAUCUUCCAUCUGACUCUUUAGGUGUUUCAUCAACACACAUCUCAGCCAGCAACAGCUCUGAGGAGUUUCACAAGGAAUAUAUCAACAAGGCUGCUGUUUAUUCUCCAGCUGGUUCUGCUCCCAAGGAUGCAUUUGGCCAGAUCUCGCUGCCUUCUGCGACUCUUACUACCACAAAGAAUCCAUUAGCCAGGGCUGCUUCAAACCAAGAUGUGCAGCCUCACACCAGUUGCCUGACGGAUCUGCCUAAAAUCUUAGUUACUUCUUAUGAGUUACUAAAUGAAGCCACCCUUGUCUGUCCAUACAGUGUCAGGGAUGGGCCUCACCACAGUCCGCUGGACCAUCAAAUCCCUCCUACAUGUGACAGCUCACCUCUACAGUUUGCUGAACAUUCAGAGGCAGUAGCUUUCUCUCCAGUUCACAAUGGCUUUGAAAAACAUGUUUCUUUUAGUCUGAAUAGUAAUUAUGCAGAUGAAAGGAAUUGCAGUGGGAAAGUCACAGAAGAUAUUGUGAAGCAAAAUUUUUUCUCCAUGUCUAAAAAAAAUCCUGGUGAAAGGAAAGACAUUCUUAGAGUGACAGAAAACAGUCUACAAGAUGUAGGAAACACUCAGUCCUACAGUGAAAACCAUAUGAACUGUUCAAAUAUAGAAAGUCAUAAACAGUCUUCAUUGAUCUGCUGUACAAUUUCCAGUCAGAAAGAAGGUCAUAAACAAUGUUCCCUGAUCUGCUCUAAACUUCCAAGGCAGCCAGAGGGACAUAAACAAGCUUCAUUGAGUUACUGUACAAUUCCCCGCCAGACAGAUGGUUAUAGUCAGCACUCAUUGAUAUAUUCUACAAUUUUCAGUCAAACAGAAAGUCAUAAACAAACUCCAGUGAUCUUCUCUACAGUUCCAAGUCAGACAAAUCAUCAUAAUCAAUGUUCAGUGAUCUACUCUACAAGUGACAAUCAGACGGAAGGUCAUAAACAACAUUCAUUAAUCUUCUCUAUGACUCCAAGUUGCAGAGAAGGUCAUGAACAACCUCCAUUGAUCAGCUCUACAGGUACAAGCCAGACAGCUGUAACAUACAUGUGUUUAUCAUGUAAAGUAUCAUUUAACAGUGUUGAAGAUCUAAAUAGACAUAGCUUAUCCUGCAGCCAACAGCUUCCUACUCAGGAAGACCUAUGCGGUCCUGAAACACUACAUUCCCAAAUUACAGUCCCAGAGAUCUCUCAAGCAGAACCUCAAACAAAGGGAAAUCACUAUAAAUGUACAAAGUGUGACUACUUUACUAAUCGGCCAGGUAUUUUCAAGCAACACAUGCUUUCAGAACACAGCAUUGACAAGGCAUUUUCAUGCUCUUUGUGUUCAUACAAAACCAAAAGAGAGGACGAUUUGAGAACCCAUUCUAUAACUCAUGACAAUAAAAUGAGUAGAUCAUGCAGUGUGUGUAAUUACACUUGCAAACGUGUGGCAACUUUUCGUAAACACAUGCGGAAACAUGAUGAAAUCCAGCUUUUUUCAUGUAAGUUUUGCGACUUUACCUGCAAUUAUGAGCCAGAUCUCAGAUCACAUAUAUUAAAGACUCAUGAGAAGCCUAGGAAUCUUUUAUGUGAACUUUGCUCCUUAUCAACUGAUUCUCCUAGUUAUUUUAAACAGCAUAUGGUAACAGUCCAUGCAGUAAAAAAUGCUUUCAGAUGCUCUGAUUGUGAAUAUUCCUCCCCGUUAUGGAACAACUUUAGAGCUCAUCAACGGAAACAUAACAGAGUCAAGAAAUACCUCUGCAGAAUAUGUGGAUUUUCUUUCACCCGAUCAACAAGCUUAAGAAAUCAUAUGUACCAGCAUUCUGAUGCCAAGCCGUUGAAGUGUUCACAUUGUGAAUAUAAGUGCGGUCGGCCAUACGUGCUUAAAAUCCACAUGCGGAGACAUAACAGUGAACAACCAUAUGUUUGUAAAAUAUGUCACAGAUUGUACGCUCAUUCUUCUAGUCUUAGUAAACAUUUUUCUAUGGCUCACAAGAUGAUGCAAAAAUAUGCUUGUGGGUCAUGCUCAUAUACAGCAUCAUCCAGGACGCAGCUGAAGAGACACAUGCAGAUUCAUAGCAACAGGAGUAGAUUUAAAUGUAAAACUUGUCAUUUUUGUUGCAGUCACAUAGAAGUUUUGAAAAACCAUAUGCUUGUGCAUAAUCUUUCUCUAGCAAGAAAUGUACCAAGAACAACAACUCCUGCACUGCCAGAGCCUACAAGGGCAGAGUUAUCUGUUGGAUCAGCUUGUAGUGUGUUGUCUUCAGAUCUCACAGCUAAAAAUACAACCACAGGAUUCACCUGUGCUGCUUGCUCUCACACCUUUACCUCUUCAUCGAACCUACGAAAACAUGCUUUGAGACACAUGAGAUCCAACUGUGUACGUAAAUUGUAUUGUUCCGUUUGUGAGUUUUCAUGCCUGCGACCUCAUGAACUUAAAAUUCACACAUCUUUCCACACAGGGGACAAGCUGUUUUCUUGCACCCUGUGUGAAUUUUCUUGUUUUAAACCAGUGACGCUGAAAUAUCACGAACUAAAGAAACACAGACAAGAUCUUUUGAUAAACCUUUCUAACAAAACCAAAUUGCUGAAUUGUCCACUGUGUGAUUUUGUCAGCAGUAAACGUCUUCACCUCAAAUAUCAUGUUAAAGAAAAGCACGCAUCAUCAGUAGCAGAUGUAGCAGAUGUUACAAAGUCUGUGAAGUUUUCCGGAACUGAUAAAAGUUCUGGGAAGUUACCUCGGGCCAGUAGACAUUCUGUAUCAACUGAAGAAGCAAUAAUGUUUUCCAUGUCCAAUGAAAAAUCAACAUCAUCGACAUCUAAAGAUCAGAUAUUAUCUAUGGCUGAAGAAAAAUCAGCUGUAACCACAUCUGAACAUCAGAUGUUUUCUCUUCCCAAUGAAGAAUCAGCUGUCAAUACAUCUGAACAUCAAAUGUUUUCUCUUCCCAAUAAAAAAUCAGAUGAUGUUGAGUCAGUUACCAAAGCCUCAGAGUUUGGUUUGAUCAGAACUGAUGUGGAGUCAGUUACCAAAGCUUCAGAGUUUGGUUUGGUCAGAAAUGAUGUGGAGUCAGUUACCAAAGCCUCAGAUUUUGGUUUGAUUAGAACUGAUGUGGAGUCAAUUACCAAAGCUUCAGAGUUUGGUUUGGUCAGAAAUGAUGUUGAGUCAAUUACCAAAGCUUCCGUGAUUGGUUUGGAGGGUGAUAAUUUUGAAUUAUUAACAUCAGAGAAUGCAAUUAUGCUCUCAGCAUACAACACAAAAUCUGUUUCAUUUUCGCGACUUUCACAAUAUUCUGGGAAUCGUUCUAAAACUAAAAGGAGUAAAGAUUUAACCACAACUCCUUUAGUAGAAUCUGUGCCAUUGUCUAUGGGCAUUGAACACUGGGGAUCCAUCUCAACAGCCACGGAUGUUUCAUUGAUGCUCUCAACUUCAAGUGAACAAUCAGAUUUCUUCAAAGGUUCUUUAGGAGGUUCUGUGAAAUGCCUUGCAAGUUGUGAAAAUCUAGAAUGUUCUCAUGUCACAGAUAAUUUGAAAGAUAGAAAGUCAACUGUCGCAGCUAAUUCAGUGAUGCUCUUAACAUCCAGUGAAUCAUCACCUUUGUGUGUCACAAAUGAUUUGAAUGGUAGAAAACCUGCCCGGUUAAGAAAACUACCCUGCUAUCAGGGUAAGAAUAGUAUUCAAAAUACUUGUGAGAGGAUGUUUGUCUGUUCCGAAUGCAACUACUUCUCCACUAGCAAAGGAAGCCUUACUGCUCAUGUCCUGAAACAUGCAGAUAAAAACUUUCUUUGCCACCUCUGUGACUACAUGUGUCGAAGAGAGCGUGAACUGAAAAGGCAUCUUCUGACACACGCUAAAGGGAAGCCACUCUCUUGUACACAAUGUCCGUACACUUGCAUCCAAGCUUCCAGUCUCAAAGUGCACCAGAUGAAACAUCAGGGAGAGAAACCUAUCUGUUGUACACAGUGUGGCUUCAGGUGUCGCCAGAACAGCACCUUGAGGGAUCACAUGGCAGUACACUCGAGUGAAAGAAAGUUCUCUUGUGACCAGUGUGACUUUAAAACUAAGCGAGCGGUGUCGCUGAAGAUGCACCGACUAACACAUACAUCAGAGAGGCCGGUGUUAUCGUGCCGGCUGUGUGACUUUACCUGCAAGCAUGUUAACGCACUUAGGUCCCACAUGCGCUCGCAUUUAGCAGAUGAGCUACUGACUGGUUAG